AUGGACGUCGCGGAGAGCGGACAUUGGGGUCAGGGGCCACUCCGGGGCUCCGGCGUCUGCCCUGGCUCCUCCCACCUGUCCGACGGCAGGGGCGCGAAAGCGGGGCCAGGCCAUCCCCCUUCUUCCGGCCGGGAGCUCGGCCGCACGCGCGAACCGCUGGCCCAGUCAAGUAUGGUCAGACAAGUUGCCAAAGUGGACACGGGCUUCCUCCGCUCCGGGCUCUGCGACGCCCCCCGGGAGAUCCUCGGGGGGACGGGCGCACCGGUCCCCGCCCCAGAGCCACGUGACCCAGGAUGGCCGCUCCGUGUGCGCCACUGCGCAGCCGCCGUGAUUGGCGCAGGGGCGGGCACCGGACCCAGAGAGCCCGUCGGGGUCCUCCCAGAGCCCCGGUGGGACUCCCGCAGCCCGCGCUGGCGGGUGCCUGGGUCGGGAGCGUGGGGGCCCCCGCGGGGUCGCGUGCCGCGGUGGGGCAGGGCCGUCUCGGGGCCGCCGUCGGGGUCGUUCCGGCACUCUGGGGAGCCGAGGAACGGGAUUGGUGGCGCCCCGCCCCAGAGGCCCCCACUUCAAUACCCCCGGGCCUCAGGACGUGCGCUCCCGGCCCCGCCUUCUAGAAGCCCGCCCUCCCCCGCGCGCGUCCUCCCGAGGCCCCGCCCCCGGAACCAGCCUCGAGGCCCCCGGGGCCCCGCCUCCGGCGAGCGCGCGCCGGGCUCUCGGGCCCGAGGCCCCGCCCCACGAGGCCACGCCCCCACGAGGCCACGCCCCCGCGAGGCCACGCCCCCGCGAGGCCCGCAGAGUCCCGGGGUCUCCGGCCAGCGGCUCCCGCGUGCGCGCUCUGCCCGGCGGGCGGGCUCUGGGGCUCGGUCUGCGCCGCCCCCGGUGCCGGCCUCGUGCUCUCGUCGCCUCCUUCCUCCCCCGCCCGCACCUCCCUCCGCUCGGCCUCCCGCCUGCCUCGCCCCGGCUCGCCGCUGCUCCUCCAGCCCUGGCGAGGAGGGGCCCCUGCGCGGCCCCGGACGGGACGGGCUGCGGAAGUGCCUGACGCCUCGGCCCGCGCGGUCCGCGAGGGUCGGGGGGACCUUUGCGGCGGACGGGGACACUCCGUGGUGCCGCCGUGAAGGCCCGCGGGGCGCCCCUCCCUCCCGCUCCUUCGCGUAG